UUUUCACUUUUCGUUUUCAGUUCGUGUCAGACGUCCGUGUUGUGCUGUAGUGACAGUGUAGUGUGUUUUUAUAUUCUGCCUAUUCGAGUGUAAGCCGAUCAUGUCGGAUGAAAUUGCUGAAAAUGGGACGGCGAACGGAGACGUCCCAGAAAUUGAGCUGAUAAUUAAGGCCUCGACUAUUGAUGGCAGGCGGAAAGGAGCAUGCCUGUUCUGUCAAGAAUAUUUCAUGGAUCUGUACUUAUUAGCGGAACUGAAAACUAUCAGUUUAAAGGUAACAACAGUUGACAUGCAGAAGCCUCCACCAGACUUCCGCACCAACUUCGAAGCCACACAUCCGCCAAUUCUUAUCGACAACGGACUCGCGAUCCUGGAGAACGAGAAGAUUGAGAGGCACAUCAUGAAAUCUGUUCCCGGCGGGCAUAAUCUUUUCGUACAGGACAAGGAAGUGGCGUCGCUGAUCGAAAACCUGUACUCCAAACUGAAGUUGGUGCUGGUACGUAAGGAUGAGCAGAAGUCGGCAGCAUUGCGCGCGCACCUUGGCCGCAUCGACGCGUUACUUGAGCGCAGAGGCACAAGAUUUCUGACGGGAGACACAAUGUGCUGUUUCGACUGUGAGCUGAUGCCGCGGCUGCAGCAUAUUCGCGUUGCCGGAAAAUACUUCGUUGACUUUGAAAUACCUGCGGAUUUCCGCGCGUUAUGGCGUUACAUGUUCCAUAUGUAUCAGCUCGACGCUUUCACGCAAAGUUGUCCCGCCGACCAGGACAUCAUCAACCACUAUAAAUUACAACAGUUAGCAACAAAAGGUUUACUAUCGCCAACGCUGACGCGACCGAAAAGUGACGUCACUAAGUCUCCGGCACUAAAAAUGAAGAAACAUGAAGAGCUGGAGACACCCACAUUCACAACAUCAAUUCCUAUUGACAUCAAUGAGACAAACAAUGGCGAUGAGUAAGUUAUUUCGGGGAAUCCAUGCCAAGUUUUGAUUAAUAUAGAUUGCCAAUUAAUGUACAGGGAAUCUUUAAAAUUUUGUCAAAUAGUAAUUAUUGGAUUCCAUAAAUUUGUUAUGUCACAUGUGAUAUCCCACCCCACAUGCCCUCGCUUUUAUAAUUUAUACUGACAUACAUGAACAAGAAGGUUGAAUAUCACAAUUUAUGACGUAAUUCGGGUGCAAUUUGUUAUUAUAAGAUGUGUCUGUUGACUUCAGAAGCGAGAGGUGACUGUGGCCAUGUUUUUAAUUUUAAUUGUUAAAUGUUUUACGGGCAGAGGUGAAGUUAUGGUUAAAUUUUUGUUAAGUAUUGUAUUUUCUUAGCGUUUAAAUACAAAUGUGUUUACAAUAUAAGCUGUCUGAAAAAAUUAAUUAUGAGACACAACUGAAGAAAUAUUCUAUUACAAAAUUGACCCUUAUCAUCUCUUUAUUACUUUUAUCACAAAAAAAAAAAUGAGGGAGUGAUACAUUAAUUUUGAAUUAAUUUUUACCAAUUGAAUAUCAAUGGGUAAUGACUACAAGAAUAGAAUAACCUCUGCCUUUU